GAAAAAAAGUUGAGCCAUGUCAUUGGCUGAGGGGGCAUCUGACAGGAAAAUGCAAUGGCUCAAGAGGUCAGGGCAGAGUCUGCUAUAAAUGUAAUUGCAACAGACAACACCUUUACUGACUCCAGAGCAGCUGGUGCACAGUGAGCUCUCACCAGAGGCAUCAUGAGCGCUUCUGUGGCCGUGUACCGGAACAUUUACACCGAGGACCGCUUCAAGCAGGCCUACGGCUCCGAGCAGGACGGCAGCGGAGGCUCGCGGCUCCGGGAGAGGCUCGCCGGGAGGUGCAGGUGUUCGAGGCGAGCUUGCCUUCACCUGCUGAGGCAGAGGGUGCCCAUCUUCAGCUGGCUGCCCAGAUACAGACCGAAGAAAUGGAUUUUAGGAGACACCAUCGCGGGACUGACAGUGGGGAUUCUUCACAUCCCGCAGGGCAUGGCCUUUGCUUUACUCACAUCCGUGGCACCAAUAUUUGGCCUUUACACGUCCUUCUUCCCUGUGGUCCUCUAUAUGUUUUUUGGCACAGGUCGACACGUGUCCACAGGUACCUUUGCUGUGGUGAGUCUGAUGACGGGCUCUGUGGUGGAGCAGCUGGUUCCCACUCCUCUGGAGAUGAACUCCAGUUUGUCUGCUGUGGCAGAGUUUGAGGCCCAGAGGAUUGGAGUGGCCUCAGCCGUAGCGCUUCUCUCAGGAAUUAUUAUGAUCUGCAUGUUCGGUCUUCAGCUGGGCUUCCUCUCCACCUAUCUGUCGGAGCCAAUUGUGAAGGCUUUCACCAGUGCUGCUGCCUUCCAUGUUACCGUCUCGCAGCUGCAAAGCAUGCUGGGGCUGCGGCUCCCCCGCCACACUGGGACCUUCUCCCUCUUCAAGACUCUAGCGUCGGUGAUUGAGAACCUGCCUCACACCAACGUGGCCGAGCUGCUGAUCUCCUUGGUGUGUCUGGCUGUCCUGGUGCCAGUGAAAGAAAUCAACAUGCGUUACCGGCAGCGCCUGCGGACACCUAUCCCUGUGGAGAUCCUCACGGUGAUCAUCGCCACAGGGGUGGCGUACGCCUUCUCGCUGGAUUCUGCUUACAAAGUUGAGAUAGUUGGCCACAUCCCAGCUGGAUUUCCGAGGCCACAGAUGCCUGCCUUGCACACAUUCCCUGAAAUCGCAGGAGACACAGUGGCCAUCACGUUUGUUGGUUACGCUGUGUCGGUCUCACUGGCGAUGAUCUACGCUGACAAACAUGGCUACUCCAUACAUCCCAACCAGGAGCUGCUGGCUCACGGCGUCUCCAACACAGUGUCCUCUUUCUUCACCUGCUUCCCCAGCUCAGCCACUCUGGCCACCACUAACAUACUGGAGAGUGCUGGAGGACACACGCAGCUCUCCGGCCUGUUCACCAGUCUCGUGGUUCUGAUCGUCCUGCUGCUGAUUGGACCAUUGUUCUACUUCCUACCAAAGGCAGCACUGGCAUGCAUCAACGUCACCAGCCUCAGGCAGAUGUUCUUGCAGUUCCAGGACUUACCUGAGCUGUGGAGAAUCAGCAAGAUGGACUUUAUGGUCUGGGUGGUGACCUGGCUGUCUGUAGUGGUUCUUAACGUGGACCUUGGCCUCGCCAUCGGGGUGGUGUUCUCUAUGAUGACCGUCAUCUGUCGCACACAAAGGGCUGGUUGUUCCGUGCUCGGUCGUGCCAGCAACACAGAAAUAUACAGACCUCUGGAGAACCACAGCAAGUGCUACGAGGUGCCUGGAGUGAAGAUCCUGACUUACAACGGGCCUAUUUAUUAUGGCAACCGCAACUUCUUCAGGGAAGAGAUGAGCAGCCUGCUGGGCCUGACGCCAGAGAAGAUCCGCAGCCGGGAGAAGGCCAGGAAAGCCCUGGAGAAACGGGAGAGAGAGGCCACCGUCAACACUGUGGAGAGAGGCAUUGCAAACACAUCGUUUUCUUCUGAAAAUGAGUUCUUUAAAUCUGAAACAUCUGAGAGUGACGUUCAGGCAGUGUUAAUCGACUGCAGCAGCGUGAUAUUUGUUGACGUUGCUGGAGCGCGACUCUUCACACAGAUGUGUACCGAAUGCCAGAAAGCUGGAGUUCACGUGUAUCUGGCAAACUGCAACGAGAGCGUCCUGAAGAUCCUCACGUCGAGCGGUCUAAUGACCUACAUGAACCCUCAACAUAUCUUUGUCACCGUGCAUGAUGCCGUGACGUACAUUCAACAGCAGAAGGAAAAACCUCCAGAGAGCACCACGACUGUUUGGGUGUGAGGCAGGAGGAUGGUGAUGUAUCAAGCUCCCAUCAGCCAAGUGUGCGGCACUGAAAUGUCGGCGGGGCAUUGGGACAUUGGACCGCGUCUGUCAGCUGUCCAGCAGCGCUCCAGCAGUCGGUCGAGACUCCCUGAUGCAGUAGCCUGUUGUAGCACCAUGACAUGAAUUAUAAUAGUCAAUACAUUACAGUGUUAUCAGUUUCCCCCCACAGCAGACAAUCCCAUUAUACAAAUAUAAUGUAAAACAUAUGUCUUUUCAUUACUUAUGACUAUAAAGCUGUAUGUGACAGGUAUUAUUUUGUUUAAUAGUUGUCAUGUAUGCUGGAAUAUUACCAUAGUAAUAUUUAUUUAGUUUUUGUUUGUUGUCUGCAAUACAGGUAACUAUAAAGUGCACUGAAAAAAACUUUGUAUAUUUAUAUAUUUUGAAAUACGUGUUUGAAUAUGCAACUGUGUACAGUAAAUGCCCACCUGCCUUUUAAAAUGUUUUGUCUUUUAGCUCCAGAGAGACUGCACAUGAUGUCUUGUGAGUGUGUGUUGUGUGUGUCAGCAGCUGUGCCAUCCAGCGGCUGUCUUUGACAACAAAUGCGUCUCCUAA